ACUCCUCCUAAGAUUUACGCGUCGAUACCCUUCCAUACAUCUAGUCUCAGAUAACUCGUUCUGGUAUCGCGCGAUGUCUACCUCAACAUUACCUCACGUUCCGGGCACAGACCCAUCCCGAUGCAUACUCGAUUCCUUCCGGAUCUCCAUCGCCAAGCGAUUAUCUGAAGCUUUGCCGCCGCUCACGAUUGAGCAGGCAUACACUGGCGUCGACUACGGCAAGAAGGGCGAAGACUUCACGGUCGCCAUUCCCCGAUUCCGAUUGCCGGGAAAAGUGGACGAACUCGCGGGGAAGGUCAUCGGUCAGUUCCAAGAAGACGAAUGGAUACAGUCCGUCAAGCAUGACAAGGCCUUCCUGCACUUCCAAUGCAAGACCACCACGCUCACGCGCCGAAUCCUUGACCAAGUCCACGGCCUGACAUAUGCGACGCCAUCCGGCAAGCCCGAAUACGGCACAAACACCACCGGCGCGGGCAAAAAAGUCAUCAUCGAAUACUCUUCUCCGAACAUCGCAAAAUCCUUCCAUGUUGGCCAUCUCCGAUCCACCAUCAUCGGUGCCUUCUUGUCGAAUCUCUACAAAGCGUGUGGAUGGGACGUCAUCUCCAUGAACUACCUUGGAGAUUGGGGAACUCAGUUUGGUAUGAUCGCUGUCGGUUUCCAGAAAUAUGGUUCCCAGGAGGAACUCGAAAAGGAUGCGAUUAAGCAUCUCUACGAUGUUUAUGUAAAAAUCACGAAGGACUCCGAGGCCGAUCCCGAAGUCAAGGUCGAGGCGGCCAAGUGGUUCAAGCGUAUGGAGGACGGCGAUGAGGAGGCUCUGAAGAACUGGCGGGUUUGGCGAGCGAUGUCAAUCAAGAAGUACGCCGAGGAGUAUGACCGGCUUAACGUCGCCUUCGACGUUUAUACCGGAGAGAGUGAAGUGAGCAAAGGAUCGCAGGACAAGGCUCUUGCUCGCUUGGAGGAGAUGGGCCUUAUCAGCGACGUGGACGGCGCGAAGCUGAUCGACCUCGAGAAGUGGAAGCUCGCAAAAGCUGUUGUUCGUAAGAAGGACGGCACAUCCAUUUACCUUACCCGAGAUAUCGGAGGCGCUAUCGAGCGCUACGAAAAGUACCAGUUCGACAAAAUGAUCUACGUCAUCUCGGCGCAACAAGAUCUUCAUGUAGCUCAGUUUUUCAAGGUGCUGAAGCUGAUGGACUACCCUUGGGCUGACCGCCUUGAGCACGUCAACUACGGUCUAGUUCUGGGCAUGAGCACUCGGAAGGGCACGGCAGUGUUCCUCGACCAGAUCAUCAAGGAGGCUGCCAACGUCAUGCAUGAGCACAUGCAGAAGAAUGCGGAGAAGUACGCAAACAUCGAAGAUCCCGAGACCGUCGCUCGAGAAGUCGGCAUUUCCGGCAUCAAGAUCCAGGACAUGGCCGCAAAACGCAUCAACAACUACUCGUUCAACUGGGACCGAAUGCUCUCCUUCGAGGGCGACACCGGCCCAUACCUCCAGUAUGCGCAUGUCCGCCUUGCGUCGAUGGAGCGCAAGAAUCCGCAGCUCCUCCCUCUGCCCGAGACCACGUCCAUCGACACCUCUGUCCUCACCGAAUCCCACGCCCGCGAGAUCAUCUUCCUCCUCGGUACCUACCCCGACGUGGUCAAGACCGCGAUGAAGACGCAGGAGCCGAGCGGGGUCGUCACAUUCGCCUUCCGCCUCUCGCAUGCCAUCGCCAGUGCCUGGGAGACAGUCGCAGUCAAGAGUGAGCAAGACACGGCGAAAGCGCAGGCACGGCUCUGGAUGUACCUCUGUGCACGGGACGUGCUGGCCGCGGCUAUGCGACUUCUCAGUUUACGACCUCUGGAGCGGAUGUAGGAUGGGUCAUCGUAGGAUAUAAUGCACAAUUCGUUAGGCUACGCUAUGGUAUAACCAAAUAAUAGGCAAUGAGCAUCUGUCGGGUGAAGGACGCGAACUAGGUGACCGUUACAAUACAUGGCGCAAGACAACGAGAAGCCUUUCUGGAUCUUCCCAAUGGACAAAGUGAUUUGCACCGUCCAGUGCGACGAUUUCGAGAUCCCUCACUUCAUGACAAGCAGCCCGGUGUUCGGCGAUCAACCUCUCAGUCUCAACCCUCGUCCACACUGUGAACCACAACGCGUUCGAACAGCUAAUCAUCGCAAGUUUCACCUUCGGGAACACGGUCUUCGUCAGGUGCCCGUCGAAGAGCGCGCGGUCUGUCUGCCGGCGCAGUUCGGGCUGCAGCACCGUCAUCAUCUUGAAGUCCACGCGAGCCAUCGCCGCUGCGUCGAAUCCUGCGUCAAGUUCCUCCUUGGUCAUUUUGUCCAGCGUCGACCACUUGGGCACGGGAUUAUAUUGGAGGCCUUUGCCCAGCACCGUCUCCAGGCCUGGAUGCUCGAAAUAUCCGCAGGCGUACUGCUGGAACGCUCGCACAGGGUCAACUCCUGGUUGAUGGAGCGACUGAGGGUCAUAGUCGGAAGGCGGCACGUAACCGUGCGCCAGCAUCGCAGGAUCGUACAAAAUGGACGUCCUCAAAUAAUUCUCUAACCGUUGGCAGUCGCUUUGAGGUAUCGCAUGAGACUGACCAAACAACGAUAGAAUCAUGAUCGCCCCUUGGGACCAUCCCGCUAGCGCGACACCCCCCGCAGUUCCAUCGGGGCUGAUAGGCGGGAUGUUCUUCUGCUCUGAAAAUUCGAGUAAAAACGUUGCGACCUCCCGGGCGGUCCGUUCCAGAUGAGCCCGACUGCCGCUAGCCAGUUCCUCCAAUUCGCUGUCCUCAUACUUCGAGCUUGGGUUGUAAUCUCUUCUGUUAACUACCACGACGCGG